AUGCCACCGGCCAAGCGAGUCCGGUACAACACACAAACUCCAUCCACUGCCCUCACGCCACCACCACCACCACCUAUCCCCACUGGCCACCACAGAGUUUCCACCAACACCUCUGCAUUUUCCCCCACUGCAACUUCCAAAGCUUCAGUCCCCCAACGAGCAGCCGCCAAGCAACUACAGGCUCUUCACCGCUUGCAUAAACAGGCCAAUCACAUCCAAUCACAGCUACCUCCCGGUCCUCCUACCUCUCACAGCACUUUACAGCCCCAACAUCAGACCCAUCUCACUCCACCACUCACUCACAUUACCAGAGCUAGCUUGACACCCCCCUCAAACCAACCAUGCUCUGCUCAGCAUCAACCACCAGCUUCUCAUACUUCAGUCCAAGAUGGAGUGCCUAUUGUCCAUGCUACAUUCACAGGACCAUCUUUCCCCUCUUCCACCUUGGUGCCUCCUUCGACCACAGCCCCAUCCCAUUUCAACAACACCGCUGCCUCCGCCACACCCAUCAAUCUCCCCCCAGACGGCCUAAAUACAGCACAAAGUAAGUACCAGCGCGUUCAAAAACGUAAAUUAAUGAACACCUCUGGCCCUGCCCUUCAGCACCCGGCUGCUUCCCUCUUGCAGGAGUAUGCUGAUCAGGGUUGCCCUGCUCCGGUUCAAGAUCCUUUCACCUUGGAUGCCUUGGAAGCUGCUAUCAAACGAGGAGCCCAUACAUCUGCCCAAGCACCUGAAGCCGCCGCAGCGUUGAAAAAAGAGGUUACAGAAAAAGUUGCCCAAGGCUAUGCGCGGCUUAUUCCCUGGGAUGAGCUCAAAAAGUCUUUACCACCCAACAUUCGAAUCAGUCCCAUUGCAGCGAUACCACACAAGAGUCGAGCAUUCCGUAUGAUUCUGGAUCUGAGUUAUAUGUUCACUCUUGAUGGGAUCCCUUGGUCGUCAGUCAACACAGCAUCCACUCCUUCAGAUCCACCACUUCAAUCCAUGACACAGUUGGGCCAAGUCCUUCCACGUUUGAUUCAUCGCAUGGCUACUAGCUCUGAAGACGAGGGGCCCUGGGUCUUCAUGAAACUGGAUAUUAAAGACGGGUUUUGGCGUAUGAUGGUCCCUGAGCAGUAUGAGUACAACUUUUGCUAUGUGCUCCCUCAGGACAAUCCAACCGACCCCAUCCAAAUUGUUGUACCUAGUUCACUCCAAAUGGGGUGGAAGUAG